CCCAAUAACGGCUUUUUCAAGGGAGCAGCUUUCUGUCCUGGCCACAUCGAGGUGCAUAGCGUAAUGUCCAUGUUGUUCUACACUCUGAUCACAGCUCUUUUGAUCGGCAUCCAGGCAGAACCCCAUCCCGAGAGCCAUGUCCCAGCAGGACACGCCAUCCCCCAAGCCCACUGGACUAAGCUUCAGCAUUCCCUUGACACAGCCCUCCGCAGAGCCCGCAGCGCCCCAGCAGGGGCAAUAGCUGCAAGGGUGGCAGGGCAGACCUGCAACAUCACUGUGGACCCCAAACUCUUUAAAAAGCGGCGGCUGCGCUCACCCCGCGUGCUCUUCAGCACACACCCCCCACCUGUGGCGGCAGAUACUCAGGAUCUGGACGUGGAGGCCGGCGGUGCCACCUCCGUGAACAGGACUCACAGGAGCAAGCGGUCAUCGUCCCACCCUGUCUUCCACCGGGGGGAGUUCUCGGUGUGCGACAGCGUCAGCGUGUGGGUGGGGGACAAGACCACCGCCACGGACAUCAAGGGCAAGGAGGUGAUGGUGUUGGGAGAGGUGAACAUUAACAACAGUGUGUUCAAACAGUACUUUUUUGAGACCAAGUGCCGGGACCCCACGCCCGUGGACAGCGGGUGCAGGGGCAUUGACUCCAAGCACUGGAACUCAUAUUGUACCACGACCCACACCUUCGUCAAGGCACUGACCAUGGACGGCAAGCAGGCUGCCUGGCGGUUUAUCCGGAUCGACACAGCCUGCGUGUGCGUGCUCAGCAGGAAGGCUGGGAGAAGAGCCUGACCUGCAGGACAGCCCCCACCCUCCCCGAGCUCCCCCUCCACACCCUC